AUGGAUAUAGAUACAAUCAGUGAUCUACCAGAAGCUCUGAUUUGCCACAUAUUGUCGUUUCUUAACAUAAAGGAAGCUGCUUUGACCUCACUUCUCUCCCAAAAGUGGCGCUAUCUCUUUGCUUACAGACCAAAUCUUGAUUUCGAGGAUUCCGUACCUUUCCAUCCGAUAAUGUGUAAUGGUCAUUAUCCUCCAGUUCGCGUGUCUAGUUGGAUAUCAAAUGUGAUAGAACGUGGGGUAUCGGAUCUUGAUUUACACGUUACUGUGGUUUCGAAACAUUCCAUGCCUUCAAGUGUCUUUGCGAGCAAGUCACUUGUUAGGCUGAGAAUAGAAAUUGUAUGUGCUUUCGUCAUUGAUUCGGCACAUGUUUUUCUUCCCAAGCUUAAGACUCUCCAUCUCAAGUCUGUUGGAGAUGUUGACAGUUUCCUCGUCAAGCUUAUCUCUGGCUGUCAUGUCCUUGAGGAGUUAGUUAUGAUUGAUCUACAUUGGCGUGGUUACUGGAACCGCUCUGUGUCUUCCAAAACUCUCAAGAGGCUAACGGUACACAGUGUAGCAGGCGUAGCAGGGGAUGCAGGUCCUUAUCGUAUAUCAUUUGAUACGCCGAAUCUUGUCUACUUUGAAUACGAUGAAUAUGUUGCGGAAAAGUAUGAAACAAUGAAUUUCGACUCACUUGUUGAAGCUAGAAUCGGUCUUGUAAUGACAAGUCGUCAGAUUGCACAUGCAAGCUAUGAAGAUUUGGUCGUUAAUGCAACAAAUCUAUUUAUGGGGAUAAGCAAUGUUCAGAUCCUUCACUUGAGUUCCGACACUCUAGUGGUACUUACUUUCUGUUGUGAACCAAUACCGGUUUUUAAAAACCUGAUUCAGCUAACUGUUACGACUCACGAAGACUUGGGAUGGGAAUCAUUGCCGGCUCUACUCAAGAACUGUCCGAAACUAGAAACCCUCGUCUUUGAAGGACUCUAUCACAAAAGCACAAUUAAAUGUGAGGACGCUGACGGGUGCCUAUGCAAAUCUUCAGAGGUGGACAUUCGUAGUUGCCUAUCAUCAAGUCCGGUGAAGGUUUUGAAGGUACUCGAUUUUGGCUAUCUUCCUUGUUACAGUGAAGAAAAUGAAACGAGGAAGGUGCAGGUCAAGUAUUUCCUGGAGACAAUGCCGAAUCUUGAACAAAUGAUACUGUUCCACCAUUCUCUAAUUGAUGAAGAUUUGAAAAGCCAAGGUUAGUUCCUAGAGGAGCUUCAUCCAAGUGCAGAAUCCAAUUAAUUAAUAAUGGAUAACGACAUCUCACCAA